AUGGUUCAGCAGUUAGCGUUAUAUUCUGCUAUAGAAGACGAAUCUUACGCAUUAUGUGUUGAAACCUUGACUAUACUAUCGAGCAAUAAACCAAGGUUGUUUGCGAAUUUGAAUAAUGUAUACAAGCCCAAUCCGUCAUUACAGAUUGAAAAAGUGAAUGCUAAGAACCAGAUGGUGGAACAGACUAGGGUAAAGCUAAGCACCGCAAUCCCAAUAUCGACGUUGGGAAAUGGCGAGGAACUAAGCUACCACUUCAUGAGCAAUUUGAAUACCGACGAAAUCAGCUCUUUUAACUUGCAGAGGUUCAUGGAAGAAGUUGAGAACAAUAAUAGCAACCAUUGGGCAUUCCAGAUUUCUGAUAUACCGGCAGCGGGAAACAAUAGGAAACUUUCUAACCAAACGAUUCACGAAUCGGUAAUACAGAGUAGCAGUGGGUCUGUAUCAUCUUUCAUAGAUGAAUUGGGAUAUGUUGACGAUUAUCAUUACAUCGUUGUUGGCGUCAAGUUCCAGUUCGUAACGGGUAUAAUCGUGGAGGUAUACAAAGUAUGGCAGGUAGUACAAACGGACAAUGCUCCAGCUACAAAAUUGAUUGCCAAAAAUGGAUUCAUGAUAAAGGCUAUGUACAAUGUUAACAAGAGCACAGAUAUCGAAUCUAUAAACAAAGGUUCGCGCUAUUUAUUGAAAUUAAAGAGCGACCUAAGAGAUUAUAUCGACUUAGACAUACCUGAUAGAAAGUGCAUGGACACAAGAUUGAAUCAUUUAGACUAA